GGAGCCACCCACACUGGGCGCAGCUGUACGCCGCACCACACCGUAGCAUCUCUCAAUACGCAAAGCCCAGCAGCAUAUUCAGCUCUUGCAGAGGAAUAUGGUGACGAGGCACAGCCAAUGAUUGCGAGCUUUCGAUGAGGAAGAAGAAAAAAGAUCAAAAACUGAAGAUUGAAGAUGGCUUUUGGUGAAGACAAUUUAAAAGGUUUCCUUUUGGCAUUGAUGUCAAGCGUGUUUAUCGGUGCCAGCUUUAUCAUCAAGAAGAAAGGACUCCGACGGGCUGCUGCUGCUUCCGGUGUUAGAGCUGGUGUUGGUGGGUUUUCUUAUCUCUUGGAGCCUCUUUGGUGGCUUGGUAUGAUCACAAUGAUUGUGGGAGAAGUCGCCAAUUUUGUGGCGUAUGCAUUUGCCCCGGCUGUUCUUGUUACUCCCCUUGGUGCAUUAAGUAUUAUCGUAAGUGCUGUGUUGGCUCACUUUAUCUUGCAUGAGAAGUUACACCAGCUAGGAAUUUUGGGAUGCUUAAUGUGUAUAGCCGGCUCUGUCGUAAUUGUUAUCCAUGCACCACAGGAGACUCCUAUCACUUCAGUUCAGGAAAUUUGGGGCAUGGCAACCCAACCAGCUUUUUUACUUUAUGUGGGCUCAGUAAUUGUGUUGGUGUUCAUUCUGGUCUUCCACUUUGCACCACGAUGUGGCAAUACAAAUGUGUUAAUUUUCACAGGCAUUUGUUCGUUAAUGGGUUCUCUCUCGGUGAUGAGUGUUAAAGCACUUGGAACUUCACUGAAAUUAACCUUUGAGGGAAAGAACCAAUUACUAUAUCCUCAGACAUGGUUUUUUAUGUUAGUUGUGGCCAUAUGUGUCAUCACUCAGAUGAAUUAUCUGAACAAGGCACUUGACACAUUCAAUACUGCAGUUGUAUCUCCGAUUUAUUAUGUCAUGUUCACAUCAUUCACAAUCCUUGCCAGUGUAAUAAUGUUCAAGGACUGGGAUGGCCAAAGUGGGGCAAACAUCAUAUCGGAAAUAUGUGGCUUUGUAGUUGUGCUUUCUGGGACCAUUUUGCUACACACAACCAAAGACUUCGAGAGAAGUUCUUCUUUUAGAGGUGGCUAUUCAUCUUUAUCCCCUGCAUUAUCACCUGUAUCUCCGACAUUAAGUACCCGACUCUGCAGUGGGAAUGGGGAAGUAAUGCGGCAUGAUAAUGAUGCGCCACAUCCUGAGGAAACUUGUUUCAGAAGACAAGAAAUGUACUAGAUGUCUACCUCCCGAGAAGCGAAAUUCAAAUUUUAGAAACUGAAAGAGAUCCCAACAGGUGUUUUGACAUGAUUUCUGUUUGGAUCCAAGUGUAAUUGGGGGAAUAUCUUCAAAACUCAUACGAGUAUUUACCUCAUCAAAUUGCGAGUUUCGACAGGUUUUUCAUUACUGAGAUUUCUUGUGAGGAGGUAUGAGAUAGAAGCAUUACCAUAAACAGUCCAUACUUUGUACAGUGUGUAAAAUUGCUGGCAUUUUUUGAAUUGUUGGUUUAUUCAACUCAAUGAAUAAAAAGCUGAGAUGGUUGUAAAAAGGCCACUUCCGAUCCCUGGGAACACCAAGAAGCCUGGAAUUUUUGGUUGACGAAGCUGAAGGCUACUUCAUCAUUUGAGAUUGAGCUUUAAAGAAGAUAGAGUGAUUAUGUUUGAUAUUUUGGGUGUCUUGCCUUUCCAUUGACAAGAAGAAGAAGCAAAAUUCUUGUGCAGUAUUCUUGCCUAUUUGUUCUAGUUUUAUAGAGCUUAUUCAUCAUAAAGAACAACAAAUAAAUAUAUAUGAUUUAUUCAUAGUGAUUUAGCCAAGCCUAGUCAUGACUCAUGAGCAAUUUUGUUUCAUUUUUUUGAUUUAAGAUUGGAUAUGGUUUCCAUUUUGAGUUUAUGAACUGAGAAAAGAGAGAGAUAAACAUGGAGUUGGGGAGAUAC